CUGCUAUUCUAGAGAUUACGUUAAUCCUACUCAACCUCUUAGCUGUCAGCUGAUUGUCGAGUUGGGAGAAAAAGAAAACAUAGCCAUGGCGGCAGAGAUUCAUUCGAGGCCUCAAAGCGCAAGACCAGUUCUUCUAAAUAAGAUCGAAGGACACUCUGACGCGGUCAAUGCUGCAGUUUUGAUACCGAAAGAGGACGGAGUGAUCACUGUUAGCGAGGACAGAACUAUCCGGGUAUGGCUGAAGAGAGACAGUGGACAGUACUGGCCCAGCAUCUACCACACGGUCUCCUCGCCGUGCUCCUGUAUGUCGUACCACCAUGACAGCAGGCGCAUCUUCAUAGGGCAGGACAACGGGGCCAUUGUGGAAUUCCUUCUGUCUGAAGAUUUCAACAAGAUGAACCAUGUGAAGACCUAUCCUGCCCAUCAGAACCGUGUGUCAGACAUGGUGUUUUCUCUGGAGAGCGAGUGGGUGGUGAGCACCGGACAUGACAAGAGUGUGAGCUGGAUGUGCACCCAGAGCGGCAGUAUGCUGGGACGCCACUACUUCGGCUCCUGGGCCUCCUGUCUACAGUAUGACAAUGACACCCAGCAUGCCUUUAUAGGGGACCACUCAGGACAGAUCACCCUGCUGAAACUGGAGAGACAGACCUACUCCACCGUCACCACACUGAAGGGCCACGAAGGUAGUAUUGGAGCUCUUUGGUGGGAUCCUGUUCAGAGGCUUUUGUUCUCAGGAGCGUCUGACCACAGUGUCAUCAUGUGGGACAUCGGGGGCCGCAAGGGAAGAACACUACUGCUCCAGGGACACCAUGAACGAGUGCAGGCGGUGCGCUACCUGCAGCUGACUAGACAGCUGGUGUCCUGUUCUGCAGAUGGGGGCGUCACAGUGUGGAACAUGGACACUCCCAGAGAAGAGGCUCCUCAGUGGUUGGACAGUGACUCAUGUCAGAAAUGUGAGCAGCCUUUCUUCUGGAACGUCAAACAGAUGUGGGACUCAAAGACCAUUGGGCUUCGGCAGCACCACUGCAGGAAGUGUGGCAAGGCGGUGUGUGGGAAGUGUAGUUCCAAGCGCACUACAUACCCUGUGAUGGGCUUUGAGUUCCAGGUGCGAGUGUGUGACACCUGCUACGACACCAUCAAGGACGAGGAUCGCACUGCGUUAGCAACGUUCCAUGAGGGGAAGCACAACAUAGCCUUUAUGGACAUGGACCCUUCCAGAGGCCUGAUGGUGACCUGUGGCAGCGACCGUGUCAUCAAGAUAUGGGACAUGACGCAAGUGGUUGGCUGUAGCAUAGCAACAGGCUUUUCCCCACGUUGAUUAACCCCUGCCCCCGAUCGGCCCCCAAACUCUGUCCUCUGCACUACUGACAGGUGUCUCUGUCCUUGGGACCUCUGUUGCAAUGACAACUCCUCUGUCUCAUCCUUCUGGCUCCUCUUCUCUGUCUGGCUGCUUCUGUUCUCUCACGUCUCACUGGACGUUUGGAUGAAGAUACGUGUAUGCUGUGUAAGUGGGUGUUUACUAGUGUUGGUAACCCUUCGCUUGAUUUGGUGUCAGUUUUGUACGAGAGAAGUUAAGUCUCAAAUGUGUCUCAGGUCUAACUUCCAGUGUGUACCCGUUCAGUGGAGCUCCAAGCACAAGGUUCUAGCGUGCGUGCGUGCGUGGAAGGAGCAGUGUUGGUGUUUUGUGUUGACGUAUGUUAGACUUCUGUCAGGUUUCUUUGACAAAGUGGGUCACACUUCUCUUGCACUGUAACAUUGGACUGCUAACACCCAUCAUCCACAAUGCCCUGCCCAACAGACACACAGGGCUCUCCUAUUGGCUGCUGACUUCAACUUUCUACAUUUGAAAUAUUGCAAAUACUAACCAUUACAACACUGCUUUUAUAUAUGCAUAGUGUGUACAGUAUGAGAUGCAGUGUACUUAUCGCUGUAUGUCCCGCAAUGAUCAUGAGGUCAGUUUCUCUCUUUCUCGCUAGUCCUUUUCUUUCCCCCUCUCUCUUUCUUGUUCCCUCUUCACUAGUUGGCCUUAAACUCACUUGUUUGUCUCAGGAGGAGGAGAUGGAAGAGUCAUUAGCCGGCAUGGCUGUAUGUGCCAGAUUGACGCUCGAGCCGUCGGCAUGACAACCCUUGCCGAGCCGUAGGCACAGCUGUUCUCCCCCAGACAUUGUCCAACUUCACCUCAGACACACCUAAAACAUCUUUUGUCAAUUUUCUGUACGGAUAUCACUUCUAGUCCUGAUAACCAAGACCCCAUACUCUAUUGCCUUUGCGAUAAGUUACAAUUAUUUUGCGUAUAAUGAAAACGGUGUAAGGUUUUGAACAAGAGGUUUUUGUUUGGCUUUUGCUCUAUUUAGACAGGCACUUAGGUACUGAAAUGGUACUGUAUAAAAGUCAAUGUAGCACUAGUUCCCAUGCACGCUGAUGUUUUACACUGUUUCUUCUCACUGUGGGUUUGUGGGUAAAAUUAGAAGCUGCUUGCAUUUCCUCUAAGGCCUUAAGAGAGCGGGACGCCCCAAGCCUUCUAGAACCUUCAAACUGUUCACAACUCUUCUCACACGUACGCACAUACACACUGCUCUGUAGCACAGCUGCAUUUUUCACUUAACCGUCACCCAUGAAUACUUAGCAUUCAACACUAUUGACUUGCUUCUAUUUCCCAGUCACUCUCCCGCUCUGUUUUGUUUCCAGAGCCCAAGAAGGUUCUCCACUGCACUGAAAUGCACUAAAUGUGGUUUAGAGAGCAGAUGUGCUGUGCAUUUAAAAAAAAAAAAAACGUUUUUGUAAGUUUGCAUUUUGGGGGAUUUGCUUCAUUACGGCUCGAUUUACAUGGCGUCCUUAAACUGGUAAAUAUUUGGCUAAUUUGUGGUAGGUUAGACUAACACUUGCCUUAAGGUAAAACUGAACAUGACGUGGGAGUUGUGAUUUUUUUCAAAUGUAAUCCCAUUCCAGGUUUGAUCACCUAGUGUAUAAUAUUUAUAUUUGUAGCAAUGUGUUUCUGGUUGUUUACGUCAUGUACACUUCAUGUAUAGGAUGACGGUGGUGAGUUCACACAGGAUGAUGUCACCGAGAAAUCUGUCACAGAUAUGCUUACCAUGUCAUGUCAGAAACAUGAUGACAUCUCUGGGAGACAUGUUUAUGUCACAGAGAGGUGUUGUCACAAAAAUGUCUUUAUGAUGUCAUCACAGAGAUACAGGGGUGUUCAUGUCACAGAGGGACAUGGUGAGGUCACAGAAGCGACAGGUAUCCUAGCGGUUAAGAGCGUUGGGCCAGUAACUGAAAGGUCGCUGGUUCGAAUCCCCGAGCCGACUAGGUGAAAAAUCUGUCAACGUGCCCGUUAGCAAGGCGCUUCACCCUAGUUGCUCUGGAUGAGAGCGUCUGCAAAAUGACUAAAAUGUAAAGUACAGUCAUCAGGGAUGUGCCGUGUUCUUGGGGACACUUUUACUACAGUACAAUCAAGGCUCAAGUUCAGCUUUUUUUUAAAUUGUGUUAGAUCAAAAGAAAUCUCUGGUGCUCUGUAAACAUGACCCUAACCUUAACCCUCUGCGUUAUAGAGGGUACCUGAGGUUAUAGAGGGUACCUGAGGUUAUAGAGGGUACCUGAGGUUAUAGAGGGUACCUGAGGUUAUAGAGGGUACCUGAGGUUAUAGAGGGUACCUGAGGUUAUAGAGGGUACCUGAGGUUAUAGAGGGUACCUGGGACAGUUAACUGGAGUCCCAGUGAUUUUUGCUCCCAACUAGAUGAAUUCCAUUAUGAGGAGUAACCAAGAGCCAGUAACGUUUAGAAGCUAACAUUUGUGAUUCCCUCCACAUAUUGUUCCCACCACAUUUGUGAUCAAUACUAUUCUCUAGGUAUGUUGGUUUGUAAUGAAGUAUAAGUCUGUUUGAUGGGUUGAUCCCAUGAAGAAGAAUUUAUAUACUUUUUACAUGAUUAGUUUUACAGUUAUUUGUAAUCUCUGGUUCUUUUCAUCAUAUGGUGGUCAUACAUGUAAUUUGACUAAACCCCAUCCACAUUUUCACACAGGUAUAAAAUAGUAAGAUCUCAAACUGGAGCUGUAUCUAGCAGAGGAGACUAGUGGGAGGAGCUAUAGGAGGACCGGCUCAUGGAAUUGAUGGAACGGAGUCAAACGUGGUUUCCUUAUCUUUGUGUUUAAAACCGUUUCAUUAUCUUUGUGUUUAAAACCGUUUCAUUUAUGCCAUUUCAGCCAUUCCUAUAGCUCCUCCCACCAGCCUCCUCUGAAUUCUACAGUUUACCUUCUCUAUUACUCUUUAACCUCUUUGUUGUCAUUUUGUCAUACUGCUCGUAAAUAAUCUUGUUUUUCCGACCAUUGUUGUAUAUCUUUAAUAAUUGUAUUUUUAAAGAGAAACUCUUGAUAAUAUUGACAGUACUGACUUUAGUCUCCAUGUGGCACUCUGUUCUGUCACGGUGAAGAAAGAAAUGAAAGCUUAAUAAAGAUAUCCAUUCAGACCUGUUA